GGCUGUGUUUUCUUAGUGUGUAGAUAGCAUACGUAAUGAGAAAUUCUUCACAAGAUGAAGGAAAAAGCAUGUUUUUCCACUCCAGUCACGCCUGAAGCAGGAAAAGGCAAAAGUAAAUUCUCAAAGAACAUUACUCAUGGCUUCUAUCUUGAGAAAGGAAAAUCAAAUCAUGCUAUGGAAGAUUGUUUAGUUUCAGAAUUCAAGAAAUUAGACGACCAUGAGUUGGGUUUAUUUGCUAUCUUUGAUGGGCAUAUGGGGCGUGAUGUUGCAAAAUACUUGCAAGGGAACCUCUUCAACAAUAUUCUGAAGCAGCAUGACUUUUGGACUGACACAGAGAAGGCACUAAGGAGAGCUUAUAAGACAACAGAUAAUGAAAUAUUAGAGCAAUCAUUUCACUUGGGGAAAGGAGGGUCGACUGCUGUUACUGCAGUAUUGAUGGAUGGGCACAAGUUGGUAGUUGCAAACGUGGGGGACUCUCGGGCCAUCAUAUGUAAGAAGGGUGUUGCAUAUCAAAUAUCAGUUGACCAUGAACCAGGCAAAGAAAAGUCGACGAUUGAGAAAAAGGGUGGCUUUGUAUCAAACAUUCCAGGUAUUCGAAAUACUGGUUGUGAAAGUUGGAUGGUAUUGACUUGACAUAAUUAAUGGUGAUCUCUAAUGCUUAGACUCUUCGAAAUAGUCGGAGUACUGGUGUCGGACACGACACAUGGGUAUGGAAUAUAUGUUGGAUCCUCGAAAUUUCA